GAUUAGAGUGAGCGGUGGAUUGAUUCCCUUCAGGGCUAUUUUAAGUUGCCUCAGCAGGUAAGGAUGCUUGCUGCAAAUCCUGGUGACCUGAGUAAUCCUCAGACCCAAAUGGUGGAAGGAGAGAGCCAACUCUGAAAGCUGUUCUUUCAUCCCCUUUUCAUACCUUAAAGAGUUUUAGAUCAAUCUUCAAGUGAAAUAUUAUUUUCACUGUAAUAAUAAUAUUCUGAGUAUUAAUAUUGUUAAACAAAUAAUAUUGUUCUGUAACCCUCCCACACUUGCUUUGUGCAUGCCUGCACAUACACAGUAGAUGUGGGGAAAAAAGCCUUUUAAAAGAUUCAACAUUCUCUAGAGUAGGAAUUAAAGUGUUUUUGGGGAAUACGGGUAGGCCCCACCCCAUUAAGAUAAUGUGAUUUGGAAAAGGAAAUUAGAAGAUUUCUUUCAGGCCCCACAUAUUGUGCAUUUUUUCAUUAAUGUGUUUGUCUUCUGCCUUUGUAGACUGUCUUGUUGACUACUUUUUCUUUGGUUUUUCAAGACAGUGUUUCUCAGGCUGUCUUGGAACUUGCUCUAUACACGAGGCUGGCCUCGAACUCAGAGACCCAUCUGCCUAUGCCUCCUGAGUGCUGGGAUUAAAGGCAUGUGCCACUAACUGCCCGGCUUAAAAAACCUAUUUAAUGUAUUGAAAUUUCUAAACUGAACUAAUUAUAAUGAAUGUGUUAGAAUGCCCAAAAAGGGCUGAAUUUGGUGUUAGAUGCCCUAGGUAGGGAGUUACAGGUGGUUGUAGGUGCUGAAAACUGAACUUGGAUCCUCCCCAAUUUCUCCAGUUUCCCUUUAAGUUCAGUUUUAAAUAGAAUUUGGCAGGAUAGAGUUUCUCAGAGUUGCCAAGUGAUAGACUUUGAGUAAAUACAAAAACCCAUUCAGCUGAGUAGAUGUAGUUCAAAGGAUAAAACUUUUAUAGACAUUAACUUUUACAGACAUUAUAAACAUUCAUUUUUGAUGAAAAAAUGUAGAAAACACACUAUGAAUGUAAAUAGGUGUUGAGUUUUCUAAAAUACGUAUAAGCUAGUUUACAGCUUGUUCAUAAGUUAAACCAGAGUUACUCUAGGAUAUUUCUGCAACAGUAGCUACAUAUUGCAUUAUAGUCAACAUGCUUUUGUUUCUGACACAGCUCAGGCUUAAUUUGCAGAAAACUUUUUGUUGAUGUGCUGGAGUCUAGAAAGCUCUUUGCUUCCUACUAGUAUUUAAGGCACAUCACCCUUUUGCCUUUGUUGAAAUGAAACUGGGAAGGCAGUGGAGCUGUGUAGUAUACAUUGAAUGUAAGUACAAUCCAUUUACUAAAAGUCUUUAGAAUUUUAACCAUGUUUGCACCAUUGACUUUCCUUGGAUCUGUCAAUCCAACAAAAACAUAAGACAUGUUAACUUUUGUAUAGAACUUUCUGCCUUCAUUUGGAGAAAUGGUCAUAUAUCUCCAAACGCAGGAACUCUGAAUAUGGUACAGCAGCUGAAAAGUCUGCAGCUGCUCUUCCUCGGCUAAUAUUUUAGCUCAGGAGAUGUAAAUGAGAGCUCAGUAAAUCUCACUGAUUCAAAGAAUGACACUGCCUGUUGAAAAUGUAGAAUGAUGCCCUAAAUUUUAGAAUUUUCCUAUGCUUUUAUGAGGAAAGGCUCUUUUUAAAAAACUGCCUUGUUUGCUUUCUGUUGCUAUGAUAAAACACUGAUCUUUUAAAAAGCAAUUUGAGAAAAGCAUUUAGAGAUUUUAAUCCAUUAUUGAGGGAAGUUAGGGCAAGAUCUAUAAAUUAAAGCUGCUUACUGUCUUGCUUAUUCGGCUUUCUGAUACAACCCACGACCACUUGCAGGAGGGCUGGACCCUCCCAUAUAAAUCAAUCAAUAUUCCCACUUACAAACCCACCAUUCACUCUAAUGAAGGCAGUUCAAGUGAGGCUCCACAUUCCCUGGUGACUAAAGUGUCAAGCUGACAAAGCAUGUGCAGUCAGAAUUAAAAUGUUACAUACUGAUCUUCGUCUAAACUGAGUGUUAAGUUUCUUGCUACAUAUGAUGUAUCCUGUACAGAAUAUUAGAUCAGUUUCAGAAAAUGUACUUUAAAUUUGGAAUUUCAUUCUCUGUGAUAAUUGAGUGCCUUGGAAGAGAAAGAGUUCUGCUCUCGGACGAAGUGCGUCCAUACUUGUGAUUUCGAGUAUUAGAGUAGGGUCUUUCAAGAAUUCACACGUCUCUGGGGAGAUACCUGGUAAAUAGGAAAUCCAAACACAGUGAUACGUAGGGGAGGUAAGUAGUAAUAGAAGAUCUUCAUGGCCUUUUUAUACUAUAAGGAAGAUUUUAUUGUUUCAUUGACGUAAUUUGGUAGAUGAGCUCGAAUUAUUUAACAGUGACCACAAUUCACAUUAACUGUGCUGUAAAUUCAAAAGCCGGCAGCAGAUGGCGAGUGUGGGCACCGGAACCAUUCUGUUGGGGAUUUGUUGUGAGGAGGGACCGGAAAAGGAGUGGGAUUCUUGUCGCGAUGUGGAGAGGUGGAAGGCUGAGCUCUCGUGGGGUUCGUUUUUUAGAAACGCUUGGGUUUGGGUGUCCCAGCGGAGUAGCCCAGCCUCGUGUAACUUCAUGGUCGGCUAACUCAGGGAAUCAGCUCACUAGGAAUCUACAGAUUAAGCCAUGGGAAUUCAGUGAACACAGGACCAUGUGGUUUGGAUCCUACAGCAGGACUUUUUCCUGUUUGACCAGAAUAAAAACUGACAGGUCCCCUUGGAAAAGCUUGUACAGCACUUCACAAGCAACAGUUGACAGCAAGGAGGUGAAAACCUUCCUGGCCCUGGCUCACAAGUGGUGGGAUGAGCAAGGAAUAUUUGCACCUCUUCAUUCUAUGAAUGACCUGAGGGUGCCCUUCAUUAGAGAUAAUCUUUUGAAAAAAAGUGCUAAUCACCAUCCAGGAAAGCCUUUGUCUGGGAUGAAGAUUCUUGACGUUGGCUGUGGCGGUGGCUUAUUAACAGAACCUCUAGGGCGACUGGGGGCUUCAGUUACCGGAAUCGAUCCCGUGGCUGAAAACAUUAAGAUAGCACAGCACCAUAAGUCAUUUGAUCCGGUCCUGGAUAAGAGGAUACAGUACAAAGUGUGUUCCCUGGAGGAGAUUGUGAACGAGGCUGCAGAAGUUUUUGAUGCUGUUGUGGCUUCUGAAGUUGUGGAACAUGUGAUUGACCUUGAAUUGUUCGUACAGUGCUGCUGUCAAGUAUUAAAACCUGGUGGCUCGCUCUUCGUUACUACACUCAACAAAACACAGCUGUCCUACGCCUUGGGCAUUGUUUUCUCAGAGCAAAUCGCGGGCAUUGUUCCAAAAGGCACUCACACUUGGGAGAAGUUUGUUUCACCUGAAAAGCUAGAGAGUAUUCUGGAACCAAAUGGUCUGCCAGUUCAAACUGUGGCAGGAAUGAUCUACAAUCCCUUUUCAGGUUACUGGCAUUGGAGUGAAAAUACCAGCCUUAACUAUGCAGCGCAUGCUGUGAAAUCCAGUGCGUGGGAACACCCAGAACCUGCUGAGUCUGCUUUAAAGGAGGACACAGAAGCACUCCAGGCUAACGCCUCCAGUAGCCCACCUGUACACGAAGAGCUGAAGAAAUGAGAUAUCUCCGAGGACAGUAACAAUAUGCUUAAAAGUUUAUUGUUUACAAAUUCAAAAAGCUUUUUUGAGUGAGGUCCUGAAGAACAAAAGGUCAAUAAAAAUAUCUAAAUCA